AUGCUCCAUAGCUUUGAUGUUCCACCAUUAUGCAUAGCAUCAAACUCGGAUGGCUCUAGAAUAGCUGUAGGAUGUGUAGACGGCUCUGUCAAAUUUCUAAACACUGAAAACGAUAGCUUUGAAACUAUUUGGGAAUUCAAGACCAAAUCUUGCGUACGUUCAAUCGACAUUGAUGAGACGAAUGAAAAAGUGUAUGCCGUUAUUAAAAAUAGGGCAUUGUGUGCUUUUGACAUCAACACUGGCCGAAGAACUAGGUGCAUAUUAAAAGCUCAUUCCGCUGCUCCAAUGGUUGUUUGUUCUCUUCCUCCUUCGUCCCUGAAAAAUCAGCAAGUGGCAACGGCUGAUGAGAAAGGAGAAGUGAAAACUUGGGAUUUACGAGCAGAAUGUCCUGUAGUGCGAAAAUGGAAGGAGCAAGAGGAAGAAAUUAAUGAAUUAAAAAUCGAUAGUAAGCAUAAUUUGCUAUCGGCUUCAUCUGAUGGAACUCUGGCAGCUUUUGAUCUGCGAAAAGGAAAAUUGAAGGUUCGAAGUGAAUUGAUGCAUUCCGAAUUACUUUCAAUUUGCCCUACUGAUAAAUUCACUUAUGUUGGCGGCGGUGAUGGAUUUAUUGAAGUUUUUAAUCAUAACGAGUAUGGAAAUUUAUUAGAAAGAAUUGAAAGCGGGUUUGAACUUGGAACUAAUGGAAUCGUUGAACUUCGAAGAGGCUUGCUCUUAACUAGCAGCUCGGGAAGCAAUAAACUUAGAUUAUUGAAUGUGAUGCCAAACAAGAGAUUAGGAAUUAUGGGAACUCAUGGCGAUGAGCAUGAGAACGACGGAAUCGAUAUAAUGACGUUAAGUGGUGAUAAGACCACUUUAUUCACUGCAAUUUCCUUCAAUUGCACCAUUAAGAAAUGGGAAUUGACGCCAAUUGUCGAGAAGAUUCCAAUAUUACGGUCGACUGAUGCCAAGAAAAAGAAGAAUGUUGGAGUUGGAUUUUUCGACGAUCUCAUUCCGGAGGGUCAAAAGAACGACGAACCGAAGAAAAAGAGAAGAAAGGAAGAUGAUAGCGACGAGGAAAGCGAUGAUGAAGGUGAGGAUGAGCAGGAGGAUGAAGAUGAGUUAGAGGAUGAGGAUGAGGAAGAAGAAGCUGAUGAUGAGGAUGAAGAAUAG